UGCCUGUCUGCCCGCCCCAUAUCAUCCCACUUGAAAUCUUUCAAUCCUAUAUAACCUCCUCCCUCCUUCCCCUCCCCCACUCAUCUCGUCUUCCAUUCACUUAUCUUCCACUCACCCACUUCUUCCUACACUUUUUAUAUCUCUUCUAUCCCCUUUAAAACCACCCAAUCUUCCAAAAUGUCUGGCCUCAAGACCGGUGACAGCUUCCCCGCGGACACUGUCUUCUCCUACAUCCCCUACAGCGAGGAGAAGGGCGAGAUCACCGCCUGCGGUAUCCCCAUCAACUACAACGCCUCCAAGGAGUGGGCCAACAAGAAGGUCAUCCUCUUCGCCCUCCCCGGUGCCUUCACUCCCGUCUGCUCCGCUCGUCACGUCCCCGAGUACCUUGAGCGUCUGCCCGAGAUCCACGCCAAGGGUGUCGACGUUGUUGCCGUCCUCGCCUACAACGAUGCCUACGUCAUGAGCGCCUGGAGCAAGGCCAACGGUGUCAAGAACGACGACAUCCUCUUCCUGUCCGACCCUGAUGCCAAGUUCUCCAAGAGCAUCGGCUGGGCCGAUGAGGAGGGCCGCACCAAGCGUUUCGCCAUCGUCAUCGACCACGGCAAGGUCACCUACGCCGCUCUCGAGCCCGCCAAGAACCACCUCGAGUUCUCGAGCGCCGAGACCGUCAUCAAGAACCUGUAAAUGCAGGCCAACUUAAACAUUAGAUGUGACAUGGAUUUAAAUAGACGGCGCUAAGAUUCCCCUGGUGCAGUUAGUGACUUGCAAAGACGAGGACUCGCGUUAGAAAUAGAUUUCCCAUUCAGAGGAAAAAUACAAAUCUCUUACGAAGGAAUGAAAA